GCGGGAGCGCCGCGCCCACAGCCCGCUGGGCAGCCCCGGACAGCGCCGGCAGCCCCGCAGGCAGCGGGCAGCACCGGACAGCGCCCGCAGGUUCCCCUCUCAGAGACAGCCCCCACCGGGCACCUCAGCAGCAAGAUGAACCCCACCGUGGGCAUCGCUGUCAUCCUGACAGUCCUCCAGGCUGCCCACUGCCAGAUGAUCAAGGACCUGAGUGCCUGCCUGCUGGGCCAGAACCUGCGCGUGGACUGUCGCUAUGAGAACAAAACCGACAACCCCCUGACCUACGAGUUCAGCAUCACCAAGGACAACAGGAAGCACGUCAUCCACAGCACCAUCAGCGUCUCUGAGAACAUCUACCGGAGCCGAGCCAACGUCACCAUGCACAAGAACCUGGUGUGCCUCCACCUGCAGAGCUUCACCACCAGCGAUGAGGGCAUCUACAUGUGCGAGCUGAGGGCCACCAACGACUACACUGGCAACCAGAUAAAGAACAUCACUGUUAUCAAAGACAAGCUGGAGAAAUGCGCCGGCUUCAGCCUCUUGAUCCAGAACACCUCGUGGCUCCUGCUGCUGCUCCUUUCCCUGCCUCUCCUGCAAGCCAUGGACUUCGUGUCCCUGUGAAAGGCGAAACACACACACUCACAGCGCUCGCACACACACGCACGCACACACCGAGCACCCCAGCCACCCCGCCUUCCUCGCAGCCCCUGGAAAGAGAAGCUGAAGCGUCUGGAAGCCGUGAACCUCUCUGUGUUAUCUCUAUUUAGCCGUAUAUUAACGCUAACCACCGUCCCAGCCGAGGCCCACCAUCCCACGCGCACACGCCCCGCUCCGAAGCAUGGUGGCUCUGCUAGGCAGCGUUGCUUCUCCCAUCGCGCCUCCCCGCUCCGUAGGCUGGCUGGUUUGCUUGUGCUGGGAGCACUGGAGGCCUCAGCCUCGCUUGUCCCAUCCCUUUAACUCUUGGGGUUUGCCUGUUCUCAACUGGGGAAAGACAGCUGGAUUGGCAGGUAAGAGAGAGGGGUGAUGUGAGAGCAUGCAGGGGGUGCCCGUGGUGGGUGCUGUGCCCGUGGUGGGUGCUGUGCCUGUGGCCCCUGGAGGUGACAGGGCUCUUGGUGUCCCCACCUGCCCUGCCUGCCACCCAGGUGACGGAUUCCUCACCCUGCUCCUCUCAGCCUGAGCUGCCACGGCUGGGAGAGGGCACAAAAUAACUCCUGUCCCAGUGAGCAGGGGAGCCAUGGGAUGCUACUGGGCCUGGCAGGCUGGGAGGAGAGAGAGGAGCAGGUCUAGGAGACACCAUGAACCCCCCCUGCCUCAUUAGGUCUCCUCUGGGGCCCUGGGAAUGGGCUCAGUGCAAAUGUGCUUCGGCAACAAGUUUUUCCUAAUCUGUUUCUUACAGCUGAGCUGGAAGUGAGGCCUCCUCCAGACACCAUCUGGUACCUUUGGGCUGCCCGAGCCAGG